CAGACCUGAAGCCAGCCUUCAGACCUGAAGCUCUCCAGGGAGAGCUUCAACCGGCUGCUUGCCUUGCUGCCCCGGCAAAAAGUCCAUGGAUGGAGCCAUGAGGUGGAGGUGCUGGUGGCAGUGUACUGGCUGGCCUGUGGAGCAUCGUACAGGGUAACGGCAGAUGCCUUCGGGAUGCCCCUGUCCGCAGUUUGCAGGACGGUCCAUGGCGUGGUGGAGGAGAUGAUGGCCAUCCUCCACAGGGUGAUUCAUUUCCCCAAGGCAGAGGAGAUGGAGGCGGUGGGGGCUGGCUUUGCUCGCCUUGCAGGUCACGAGGCCUUCAGAUGUGCUGCUGGGGCCAUUGAUGGAUGCCACAUAAAAGUUUUGCCACCUGCAGAGCAGAAGAAGAGCUAUUUUAACCGGAAGCUCUUAUCUUCCAUCAUCCUGCAGGGCAUCUGCGAUGGAAACGGUCAAUUUAUUGACGUGUACAUCGGGACCCCGGGGUCAGUGCAUGAUGCCCUCUUGCUCCGGCGUUCUCCCUUUUAUAGGCAGGCUCUGUACCCACCAGCUGGGUACUUCUUGCUGGGUGAUGGAGGGUACCCAUGCCUGCAGCGUCGUGUGGCCAUCAUGACGCCAUACCGCCACCCUGUAGCUGGUCAGGUUGAAGCCAGAUACAAUAGGCACGCUAGAGGGCGUAACAUUGUGGAGAGGUCAUUCGGGAUCCUCAAAACCCGCUGGCGGGCCAUCUUCCAGCGGUAUCUGGAGAUCCGGUCUCUGUUUGCCCCCAAGGUGCUCCAGCAGACUGUCCCUGGGUCUCUUUCUGCUGCUGCUUCCCCCGGCCUCCUCAGCAGAAGAGGUAGAAGCCGGUGUGCUUACUACCCCACCUGUAGUGGCAGUCAUGUUGGAUGCAACAACCAGGGGCGGACAGAUGGAGUGAUGUCCCUGGAGUGCAGCAUCCAUGGCACCAUACCACUGCCAGGUGGCGGCAGCAGCUGUACCGGCCUCUACCCCUCUGCCUGUGGGUGGGUCCCUAAGCGACUCAAAACAGGAUAG